AUGGACGAGCGGGCCAUCAAGGCAGAGCGGGCACGCAAGCAGCUCUACAAACACCGCGAAGCGCUGCGCAGGAAGCGCGAGUCUGCGCUGUUGGAUGCUGAUGCUCAUUCAAAGGAGACGCAAACCGAGCGGGAGCAGCCAGCAGCGCCCCCUGCGCCAGCGCCCCUUGACAAGACUGACACGGCUGGCGCCGAGGAUGCUGUGCCCCGUGAAGCGUCGGAUACCGCGGAUCUUUUUUCUGCUGAUGUAUCGGAGCCUCGGAAAGAGGCCGAUACAGCGGCUCUGUUUGCUGUGGAUGAUGCGGCCUCUCGACCAGAAGCGCCUUCUGACGUACCUGCGACCGAGCCUGCACACUUUGCGUCCGAACUGUGGUCGACCGACGCACAGACAGAUGCUUUCGACUUUGAGCCAGGUGUUGAAACAAACAUGGAGCAGCUAGCUGCUCCAUCAUACUCGACCGCGGAGCCCGCGACGGGCCUCUUCGACGCAACGGCGCAGCCACAAACGACCACCAACUUAUACGCUCCCUUUCCUCAACGUGCAAAGUCCAUGGACAAUUAUGCAGAAAGCUUUGAAGCAUCAGUAUUUGAGCGUGAUGAAGACCAAGCAGCGGCAUCCCUAUUUCCGUCGCAGGAGCCAGAUGCGUCAGGCACACCCGCAACCAUGUUUGACUAUGCACCUGAUGAGGUGUACGAGCCCGAUGCUGUCGAUGAUGUAUAUGACUAUGGGGCGUAUGCUGAAGAGUAUCCUCAAGCUUACGUUUCUGAGCAUGACCAUCCAGAGGCUUAUCUGGACGACACAGAAAACCCUCACGAGCUUCCUUUGGAAGAAAAGGACGCGCAUCAGACGCUCUAUCCAGAAGAAAGAGAGACCAGCCAGGGUUGCUUGGAUAUCGAUACCCACCAGGCGUAUCCUGAGCAUCAAGAUACAUACGAACAACAUUUUGAUUCGUAUGCCGAUGACGAACAGGACGCGCAUCCUGAAUACUACGAGCAUGACACGUCGUACGACGAUACACUGGAUGCUAGUGUGCGAAGCAUCCAAGAAGUGGAUGUGCUCGAACCCAUCCCUGAGAUCCAGGAAACUCGAUACUCGCUGGAUGAGGCAAAACCGCCUGGAUCAGAUACCACGGAGGCACCAGCCGAGUCAUCUGAGCUACUCGCAUCCCAGGAAUACGAUGCUGUGGAUGGCGUGCAAAAUCUCUCCCUAUUGAAUGAGCCCCCUUCCAGUGAAAAUGAGCCUUUGGCUGUCGAGGACGCCGCCGACGAGCUACGGGCUCAGCUCACGGCAUUGCAAGCAGACCACGAGGCGUUACUGAGCGCUCAUGCGGCGCUGACCACUGAGCACGAGCAGCUCCAGCGGCAUGUGUCGCACACUCUGGAAGAGCAAGUAUCGCAGCUGCAGCGCGAAUUGGCAGCCUCACGAGCUAUGGAGGCCGAAUACAAAAAGACUUUGUCAGUUCUUGAAGAGGAACGACGUCAACUACAGGAGCAAUUACAGGUCGCGAAGACGUCAGUCCCAGAUUCUGGCCGCUCGAGCCGUGAUCGGAUGCACAAACGCAGUGCGACCACGUCGGCCACCGCCCCACGUCUUCCACCACUUUCUCAGCAGGAGCCCCAUGUCAUGCUACCUCGACGCCAGCCGACGAACAUGCCACGUAUGCGACCCAAUCCAGAUAUGACGCCGAAUCAGCAGCACCGUCGCCAAAUGAGUUUGUCCAUGUUACGUGCACGUCUAGCCGGUGAUGCAGAUGAUGAGACAUUUGCCCCGUCGCUGCCCACUCGCAAGCUGUCGAUCGUCCAUGACGAAAAGCAGGCGUCAAGCUCUGUGCAGCGCAGCGUGAGUAUGGCCCACACACAGUCUCAUCAGUUUUCGCAAGACGACGCACUGCUAUUCUGUGGCUCCUGCAAGGGGGAUCUAUUGAUUGUCUAA